CCACUUGGCCCUCGCGGCGCCCCGUCGCGGGGUCUGUCGCCGGGGCAACAAGCUGGGUAACCGCCGCCUUUGGGAUUAGCGGGUUUAGUUGGGUCCAGCGGAAGCUCGGGCCGGGGGACUCUUUGGAAACUCCGGGGCACAGAGUAACAUGGCACUCCCCACACUGCCCUCCUACUGGUGCAGCCGGAGGCUCCUGGAUCAGCAGGCGGCGCGACAGCGACACCGGGAGCAGGAGGCCCGGCUGCAGCGGCAGUGGGAUGAGAACAGCCGCUACUUUCGGAUGUCGACCGUCUGCAGCUCCAAACAGGCAGAAUGGAGCUCCACGAGGUCCUACCAGCGGAGCAUGCACGCCUACCAGCGGGAGAAGAUGAAGGAGGAGAAGAGGAAGCAAUUGGAGGCCAGACGGGAGAGACUCCAGCAGCUUCUGCUGGAGGAGCAGGACCUGCUGGCCAGGGAACUGGAGGAGCUGAGGCUGAGCAUGAACUUGCGGGAAAAAAAAAUUCGGGAGCAGCACAGGAAUCUCAAGUCAGCCCGGGAAGAGCAGCGGAGACUGAUUGCCGAACAGCUUUUGUACGAACACUGGAAACAGAACGACCCCAAACUGCGAGAGAUUGAAUCGGACCUGCACAAGAGGCACGUGACGGACACUUGGGAGCUGCAGAGAGAGGAGAAAAAGCAGCAAGAAGCCUCGGAGAAGGAGGAGAACACGCGGCAGGAGAACGAGUACGAGACGGCCCGCAGGGAGGCGCUGGAGCGCAUGAGAGCAGAGGAGGAGCGGAGGCAGCUGGAGGAGAAGCUCCAGGCCGAGGCGCUGCUCCAGCAGAUGGAGGAGCUGAAGGUGAAGGAGAUGGAGGCCACCAAACUGAAGAAGGAACAGGAGAAUCUGUUGAAGCAGCGCUGGGAGCUGGAGAGGCUGGAGGAAGAGAGGAAGCGGAUGGCAGCCCUCCGGCGGAAGGCGGAGCUGGGACGCUUUUUGAGACAUCAGUAUAACGUGCAGCUCAACAGACGGGCACAGCAGAUCCAAGAGGAGUUGGAGGCGGACAAGCGCAUCCUGCAGGCGCUCAUGGAGAAGGAGGAGGAGAACCAGCGCGCACACUUGGCCCAGCGGGAGCAGGCGCUGGCCGACGUGGCGUGGAUGAAGCAGGUCCUCGAGGAGCAGCUGCAGCUGGAGAAGGAGCGGGAGGCAGAGCUGCAGAUGCUGCUGAGGGAGGAAGCCAAGGAAAUGUGGGCGAAGAGAGAGGCAGAGUGGGACCGGGAGAGGAGCGCGCGCGACCGGCUGAUGACCGAGGUCCUGACGGGGAGACAACAACAGAUACAAGAGAAGAUUGAGCAAAACCGACGGGCGCAAGAAGAGUCCCUGAGACACAGGGAGCAACUCAUUCAAAACCUUGAGGAGGCACGAGAGUCAGCUCGUCGUGAGAAAGAGGAGAGCGAAGAACUGAAGUCAGCCAGGAAGCAGGAGCUGGAGGCCCAGGUUGCAGAACGCCAGCUGCAGGCAUGGGAAGUGGACCAGCAGGAGGAGGAGGAGGAGGCGGCGGCGAGGCAGGCAGAAGAGCUCAGCAAUGCCCUGCUGCAGCAGGAGGUGGAGAUGAUGGCCAGGCAGGGGUUCCGGCCCAAGCCUCACGGACACCCCAGAAUCGCUUGGAACUGACCUCCGCGGCACUGUGGGCACAGGGGACAGGAUGCCGAGGCCUUCGCCAUGUGGCCGUCAGACAGGUGGACAGCGUCCUGUUCCAGGGUGGGGUCACUGUAAGACGGUUCAGCGGGCCACUCAGGUCCUCAGUUGCACGGAUCGAGGGUCUGGCCAGGCCUCCGGGUGUCGUGGAUGCGCAGCACCCAGCAGGGGGCCCUCUCCUGCCUCAUCACUCAAGAGCGGGGCUCUUCAGGCGCACGCUGACGGUGCCGUGACAGCCCCGUGAUGCGAUUGUCACUAACGUAAGCUGCGGAGUCCAUGCCAGGCGCCCAGUGUGUUCCACGACGGGCUUUGUGACCUCCCGUUGUUUCACCCUUAACUGACAACCUCCAGCAAAGCCUCCAGCUAGCGAUAUAAGGGAUGUUUUUUAACUUUUAAAAUUGCCAUUUAAAUUUAGCUAUUCUGUUGACGACAAGACACGUAGGUCUUCGUGUAAGUUUAUUCAGGGUUAGUAAUUCAGUGGUGCCGAAAGCGUCGCAUCUGGUUUUCUGACGCAGAGAGCUUUGAACCUGAGACAGUCCGACAGGCUCCAUGGAUGCUUCCAGGCAGGUGGCGAGACACACCCCUCCUCCUCUGGGGAGCGCCGUGUGCUGUGGGUGGGGGCGGGAGGAGUGACCCCAACAUGCGAGUUUCUGAGCCUCCAAAGGUGACCUCAAAGGGUCGUUUGGACGGCUGACCUUUUGGUGCGACACUUUGCACCUCUGGUGUGUUAGCAAGGUCUCAGCUCCCAACAGCCUUCGGGGAUUUAUGUGCCCAGAGGAAGGGGCAUUGGACUUGAAGAAACUACAUCAGACUGAGCCACAAGUCAGCCAGAACUUUCUCUUCCCUCUGGUAUGUCGCUGUGACGUGGCUCUAAGCUAAUCUCUUCAUAAACAGCUACAACGUCCUCGGGGCGGCAGCCACGCUCCAUUCCCGCUCUGAAGGUUCGGUUCUCACUCUGUUGUGUUCAGGAUGCCACGUCACACUAAGGCACAGCCAAGUACCGUCCCAGGUCAUCGAAACCAGAGUACGCUUCAGAGUCCUGCAUCCAGGGCUGUGAAAACAGAUGAGGCUGCAAACUGCCUGCUCAGUCUGUUCCCCACAUUCUGGUCUCACAUUUCUUUGGAUGCGACGUGCACUCCCCCACCCCGCCACCCCCAGCACCGCGUUCAUUGUGCAUGCUCGUUUUUGUUCCUGUUUCGGAGGCUCACUGACCGUGCAGUACAGUUCUGGUUUCACCACAUCACUUCUGGGGGUUCUUAACGUUGCUCUUACUGAUGGUGGUGAAGCGGGCUGUGCAGAGUGAUAGAUUUUCACUCACUUAAUCCACAUCUACGGGUCUCGCUGUUCUCAGUGACUGGUCACUUUCUCUAGGUCACAUUCACUUUUCUUGGAAAAGUGGCGUUGUCUCCCCUCACUGCCCGCGGAGCCUCUUCCCCACUGGGAAUUACCAUCAUACGGUCUGAGCUCCAGCAUGGGGUGAGGCGGACAGAAUGCCCCGUAAACCGGCACUCAGGUGUUUCCUGCAAAUGCAUGAUUUUUUCGAAUUUCUUGUUUUUGAAGCCAGCCGGUAAUCUUCCCUAUCGGCAUCAGGAACUCUGUUACACUGCUUCUCCAUCCUAAUAUAGUUACAUGUUAUCUCUCUGAAAUGUUUCUAAAUUUAGAGCUUCCACUGUCCCACGUUUCUGGUAUGGCCCACACUCCGCUUGUCUCAUAUAUACUCUGAUUAUGUCAUGGCUGUACGUAUGCAUAUUGGUUUGUUGUUUCGAGCACCUUUUUCUACUUACUGCAAAGUUCAUGAUUAAUACUCUUCUACAGAUUCUUCUAUAAAGUUUAAUUCCUUUAGAAAAGAUGGUACUGAGGCCUGUACUGACAUAAAAUGAUUCGUAUUUUG